AAUAAAAUAGUAAAGCCUAAGAAAAAACAAACAGGGUGUUGGGAUGCGUGUUCCACCGUGACCUCCUCCUCCACCUCAUCAUCUCAUCAUCCACCUCGAUCAGACUACCAUAAACAAAAUCCGUCGACCCCAACCCCAUCUAAUUCGUUGAAACAAGAUAAUAACCCACAAAACUAAAUUCUAUAUAUUUACCAAUCUAUCAAAGCAGCAACAUAACAUAUUGGCAAUGGCUACUACAGAGCUAAAGUCAGACGCCAUUUUUGAGCUUUUGAAGAGGUUCCUUGGGACCGAAGAAGGUAUUGCUGUCAAAAAUAAGGUUAACCUUGUCUAUCAAUUCAAUAUCUCCCCCAAGAAAAUUGGGAUUGAUGAGGUGAUUUACACUAUUGAUCUCAAGAAAGGCGAGGUCAUCAAAGGGCAAUACGAAGGAGGGAAGCCUGAUGCCACAUUUUCGUUGAAGGACGAAGAUUUUAUAAAGCUUGCUAAUGGAAAGUUGAAUCCCCAGAUUGCUUUCAUGAGGGGUGCUUUGAAGGUCAAGGGCAGUUUGAGUGCUGCGCAGAAAUUCACUCCUGAUAUCUUCCCAAAGCCUGCUAAGCUGUGAGCUAGUACCAGGAGUGUAGAACUGUUUGAAAGAUGUCCAUCAACAUCUGUUAGUGUUGAUGAAUUCAUAAAUUGUUUGUUUCUUUUUCCUUUUUGUCAUGUAAAAUUUGGGACUAGAUUGGAGGCAGUAAGUCUAGAGCAAUCUUUGAAUUAUAAAAAGCUCCACAAUCCUCUCUGUUGAUCAAUUUGCAUGUUCUAGUCUCUCGGACAAAACCAUUAGAUUGUGCAAUCAUUAAUUUGUUCGUAUCA